AUGGACCAUUCAAGUGAAGAGGAGGAGGAGGAGAGGAAGAGAGGAGGAGGCACGAUGGACCAUUUAACUGAAGAUGAGGAAGAGAGGAGGGAGAGGAGGAGGAAGCGUCAGUCUGCACACAGAGAGGAGGGGGACGAUGAUGAAACUACCUACUCUGCAAGGCCAGGCUAUUUCUGCACCACACCGCUCAUCCUGCCCCUCCUCACACCGCCUCACCCCGCUUCACACCGCCUCACACCGCCUCACACCGCCUCACCCCACUUCACACCGCCUCACACCGCCUCACACCUCCUCACACCGCCUCACACCGCCUCACCACACUUCACCCGCUUCACACCGCCUCACCCCACUUCACACCACCUCUCGCCCCACCCCGCCUCACCCUCCUCACACCGCCUCACCCCGCUUCACACUGCCUCACACCUCCUCACACCUCCUCACCCCGCUUCACACCGCCUCACACCUCCUCACCCGCCCCACCCCGCCUCACACCGCCUCACCCACUUCACACCGCCUCACACCGCCCCACCCCGCUUCACACCUCCUCACACCGCCUCACCCCCGCCCCACCCCGCCCCCACUUCACACCGCCUCACCCCACUUCACAGCGCCUCACACCGCCCCACCCCGCCUCACCCCUCCUCACACACUCACCGCCUCACCCCGCCCCACCCCGCCUCACACCGCCUCACACCGCCUCACACCACCUCACCCCGCCUCACACCUCCUCACACCGCCCCACCCCGCUUCACACCGCCUCACCCCGCCUUCACCCCCUCACCCGCCUUCACCCGCUUCACACCGCCUCACCCCUCCUCACACCGCUUCACACCGCCUUACACCGCCUCACACCUCCCAGGAGCUGUCACUGACUCCUGUCGAGAGCAGCUCCGACCGUUUUCCUGUGACGCUCACGGCAAAUUCCAGUGA